UGGUAAAGAACUCUACCUGUAGCCAAUCAUUCUCUGUCCACGUUUCCCUUCCCUGCAACUUUCGAGAUAUUAUGUAACAUUCCCAUGCUCUAACACCUAAUUAAACAUCUUCACGUUCUCUGCCAACAUAACGCCGUGAAGGUAGGAGAUACCGAGUGCUAAUCAUCUCCUACACGACCAAGUCAGCACCGUAGGAACCAUCUCCCCUCCCCAUAUCAACCACUUCACCAUGGCGCCCCGAGACAGAUACAAGUACGCCUUCGUCACCAUCGGCGCCAGCGCCAGCUUCAAGCUGCUCAUCGAGGAAGUGCUCUCGGAAGCCUUCCUCGCCAAGCUCAAGUCCCUCGACUUCACUCAUCUCAUCAUCCAGUGCGGGCCUGACUAUGACUACUUCCUGUCUGCCGAGCCUGAGCCAUGUCCCGACGACCCCGACGAACUGCUGAUUGUCGGCUUUACUUACCACGACGACAUUCGGGGAUACAUGGAGCUCACUACUGCUGGCUACAUUACUCCUACGUUUAAGCGAGAACGCGGAUUGAUCAUUACUCACGCGGGCUCCGGGAGUAUCCUGGAAGCGCUCGAUUUCGACUCAGCGCUGAUCGCGGUGCCUAACCCCACGCUCAUGGGUAACCACCAAUCUGAGAUUGCCGAGGAGAUGGAUAGUCAGGGGCACCUAAUCCAGGGCAAGAUCGGCUCGCUUGUUGAUAUCAUCAACGAAGACAUUCUCACAGCUCCCAAGAAGCAGUGGCCCCCGGACCCGGACCCGGAGUCGGAGUGGCCUGGCGGUCUCUGGGACGUCAUUAGCGCUUUGAUGCCGGAGCGCUAAUUCUGCAUUUUACCACCGAUGGGUGGUUAGGGUUAUUUAGUUUCGGCGUUUACUAGGAAAGGGAGAUACCCCAAUUGCGACUGUUUUAGUUUCCGCUAGGCAACUCGAAUUACAUUUACGAAUAGACCAUGGUUCUGAUGACUAUCCUAUAACGUAUCUAACAUAUGCUAUACUCAAC